GAUUGCAUGAAUUUUGUUUUAGAUUUAUGAAGUUUGCAGUUAUGAUUUCUUGUCUGUAUGUAAAGGAUGAAGUGGUCAGAAGAGGCAGAAGUGGAUGUGAGAGACAGACACACACAGAGACACAGAGAGCGAAAGAGGGCAAGAGACUUGACUUUAAGAGACUCCUGCACUGACAACUCCAUGCAGUUCGGAACAAGAACGGCAGCGACCGACUCUGGUUUCAUGGGGACAUGGCAGAACACUGACACUAACCUCUUAUUCAGAAUGUCCCAACAGGCCAUCCGCUGUACACUGGUAAAUUGCACGUGUGAAUGUUUUCAGCCAGGGAAGAUUAACCUGAGAACCUGUGAUCAGUGUAAACAUGGCUGGGUGGCACAUGCCUUGGACAAGCUUAGUACUCAGCACCUCUACCACCCAACCCAAGUGGAGAUUGUGCAGUCCAAUGUUGUGUUUGACAUCAGCAGCCUGAUGCUCUAUGGUACUCAGGCUGUGCCCGUGAGACUGAAGAUACUACUUGACCGACUCUUCAGUGUACUGAAGCAAGAGGAGGUGUUGCAUAUUCUACAUGGCUUAGGCUGGACACUUCGAGACUAUGUUCGAGGCUACAUCCUUCAGGAUGCUGCAGGCAAAGUGCUGGACCGCUGGGCCAUCAUGUCCAGGGAAGAAGAGAUCAUUACCCUUCAGCAGUUCCUGAGAUUUGGAGAAACCAAAUCCAUUGUAGAGCUGAUGGCAAUUCAAGAAAAAGAAGGGCAGGCUGUGGCUGUGCCAUCUUCAAAGACAGAUUCAGAUAUAAGGACUUUUAUUGAAAGCAAUAAUCGCACCAGGAGCCCAAGUCUCCUUGCUCACUUGGAGAAUAGCAACCCUUCCAGCAUUCAUCAUUUUGAAAAUAUCCCGAAUAGCCUUGCAUUCCUGCUUCCAUUCCAGUAUAUAAAUCCAGUCUCUGCUCCGCUGCUGGGGCUGCCUCCAAAUGGCCUCCUGCUGGAACAGCCAUCAAUGAGGCUUCGUGAACCAAGCCUUACGACCCAAAAUGAGUAUAACGAGAGCAGUGAAUCUGAAGUUUCCCCUACGCCUUUCAAGAAUGAGCAAACAUCCAGCAGGAAUGCUUUGACCAGCAUCACAAAUGUUGAGCCCAAAACUGAGCCAGCCUGUGUGUCUCCUGUUCAGACACCUACGCCUGUCAAUGAUUUAUCAAAACCAGAACACGCUAAAAGCUCAUUCCGCAUUCACAGAAUGAGGAGAAUGGGGUCAGCCUCGAGGAAAGGAAGGGUGUUUUGCAAUGCAUGUGGUAAAACUUUCUAUGACAAAGGUACUCUUAAAAUCCACUACAAUGCUGUUCACCUGAAAAUCAAGCACCGGUGCACUAUUGAGGGCUGCAACAUGGUCUUCAGCUCUCUCAGAAGCCGCAAUCGCCACAGUGCUAACCCCAAUCCCCGCCUCCACAUGCCUAUGUUAAGGAACAACCGUGACAAAGAUCUAAUUCGUGCUACAUCAGGUGCGGCCACUCCAGUCAUAGCAAGUACAAAAUCCAACCUAACUUUAACAAGUCCUGGGCGUCCACCAAUGGGGUUUACCACUCCCCCUCUAGAUCCUGUACUACAGAACCCUCUUCCCAGUCAGCUGGUGUUCCCAGCUUUAAAGACUGUCCAACCUGUUCCUCCGUUUUACAGAAAUUUACUUACUCCUGGAGAGAUGGUAAGUCCUCCAACUUCACUUCCUACUAGUCCAAUAAUACCAGCAGUGAGUGGCAUGGAGCAUCCUCCUCCUCCUCCUUCAGAGUCAUCAGUACCUUCAGUGCUGAUGCCCACUCCAGAGCCUAAUGCUGACCUUGCCCCCAAGAAGAAGCCAAGGAAAUCAAGCAUGCCAGUUAAAAUUGAAAAGGAAGUUAUCGAUACUGCUGAUGAGUUUGAUGAUGAAGACGAAGAGGUGAAUGACAGCAGCACAAUGGUGAAUGACAUUGGUCAUGACAAUCACUGCCAUUCUCAGGAGGAAAUGAGCCCAGGCCUGUCUGUGAAAGACUUUUCCAAAAGUGACAGAAGCAGAUGCCUUUCCAGACCAGACAUAAGAAGGGCAGACAGCAUGACAUCAGAAGACCAGGAGCAUGAGAGAGACUAUGAAAAUGAAUCAGAGUCAUCAGAGCCCAAAUUGUGUGAGGAAUCCAUGGAAGGUGACGAUCGCCUCCAUGAACCUGGCGAAAAAUCUAUGAUGCACAGUGACAGACCAGAUGAAAACCACAAUGACUCUUCCAAUCAGGAUGUCAUUAAGGUGAAGGAAGAGUAUACAGAUCCUACAUAUGACAUGUUCUACAUGAGCCAAUAUGGACUGUACAAUGGAGGCAGUGCCAGUAUGGCUGCCCUUCAUGAAAGUUUUGCUUCUACAUUCAACUACAGCAGCCCUCAGAAGUUCUCCCCAGAAGGUGAAAUGUGCUCCAGCCCAGACCCCAAGAUCUGCUAUGUGUGCAAGAAAAGUUUCAAGAGUUCCUACAGUGUGAAGCUUCACUACAGAAAUGUUCAUUUAAAAGAGAUGCAUGUCUGCACAGUGGCUGGUUGUAAUGCUGCGUUCCCAUCACGGAGAAGCAGAGACAGACACAGUGCUAACAUAAACCUGCACCGUAAACUGUUGACCAAAGAACUGGAUGAUAUGGGCCUGGACACCUCACAGCCUUCUCUUAGUAAGGACCUCCGUGACGAAUUUUUGGUGAAGAUAUAUGGCGCUCAGCAUCAGAUGGGGCUCGACAUAAGGGAAGACACCUCCUCACCUGCUGGUACUGAGGAUUCCCAUAUGAAUGGGUACGGCAGGGGCAUGUCGGAAGACUAUAUGGUCCUAGACCUGAGCACCACCUCCAGCAUCCAGUCCAGCAGCAGUAUCCAUUCCUCAAGAGAAUCUGAUGCAGGAAGCGAUGAGGGCAUUCUCCUGGACGACGUUGAUGGGGCAAGUGACAGUGGGGAAUCUGCCCAUAAAGCAGAUGCCCCUGCCUUAGCUGUAGGUAUGGGCACCGAUGUCCCAGGAUCCCUCAUGUUCAACAGUGUUUCGGGAUCUGUAGAUACUUUACACAACAGAAAUCGUGCACCAUAUUUGCCAGAAGAAAAGAUGUCUGUACUAAGGGCAAGAAGGCAACAGGAGUUCUCUGUGGGGAAAAGGUGAAUGGCAGACACAUGAUGGCAGCUGGUAUAUGUCAGUUCCUUCUUAGUUUUUUUGUUGUUGUUGUUGUUGUUUGUUUUGAUUUUUUUUUCUUAUGUCACUACUUUGCUGCUAUAGUAACUCAACAAAACAGUGACUGUAGUGCUACUUUGCUCGAUAAGCAUCAGCAUAUCCCGCUGUCGCCACAUGAUGAGUUGGGCUUUUUUCCCCCUCCUGUAGGGACAUAAAAGGAACUCUUUUCCAUACCCAUUUUUACUUUAUGAACAGAGCAAAAUCAUAUGAUGGACUGAACCUUUCACCCACAUGUUUGCCCAAGUACAUGUCUGUUCCAGUCCCAUGGUUUCUGUCUCUUCUUGCCAAGCAGCAUUAUCACUGCCUUUAAAAUAGCCUGUAACAGAGUGAAGCAGCAACUUUUUUACAUAAGUAAUAUUAUCUUGAGUCUGUAGUUAACCAGUCUUAUGUGGCUUGUUUUCUCUGGUCAAGUCGUGAUAUUGAAUAACAGCUUUGACUUUUUGAUCAAGAUACUGAUCAUAUAUAUCCCAAUACCGUUGCUCUUUUGUUUGGCACUAGCACUGAAAAGAAAACAGUUCUGGACCCCCGAAGGGUUAAAAAAUGGACAUGUUUUUGACAAGUCCUCUGACUUUUGCCAGUAUUAUUGUUCAUUAUGAUGACACUGUAUUUUUUUUAAACAGCAGCUGUAGUUGUCAUGAAACUAUUUUCCCAUUCCUCUCCUUUAAAGUGUGAUGUUGUAAAUUCAUGUGACCUUUCCUGCAAAGAAUAAAUAUUUCUUUUUUUAUAUAAGAUCUCAAGACAAGGCUUGGUUUGUAACAAAUAGUGGCCCAUUACAAAGCAGGAAAAAAACCUGAGCUGAACAGAAAGAAGCUUCAGUUCAAUUUCACCUCAUAUCUUUCUAAUAACUUACUUGUCACUUUAUUACCUUCCAGUAAUGUGAAUGCUGCUGACAAGACUGUCACACUAACAGCAGACAACACCCUCUCUUCCUUAGCCCCAGCUCUCCUGGCUACUUAUUGCACUGGCCCUGAAGGGACACAAACUAAUAGUGUGCUUUCAAGUUCAGCACUUGGCCAUCAAAUAUAAAAGGAUGCGUAAUUGCCUGUUUAUCCCCUGUGAAGUGGCAAUUGAACCAGGCUUUCCCUCCCUGUUCCUUGACACACACACAUGCAUGCACACACACAUCUGCAGUGAGUGAAGGGAAGUCCCAUCUGGAGCACUUCGAUUUGUCUUUGGGAAGCCCAAGGCUGCCACUGGCUGCUCUAUCGAGCUAUCAGGCAGACAGUAACAAGAUGGCUUCUUAACAAAAGGUCAGCUGAGAAAUACUGUCUGUGAGGCACUUUUGUCUGCUUAUGUAGCAACUAAUUGCUUUGUAUUGGCAUAAGCCAUACUGUGCCUGCUAGAAAUAGUCAUGUGAAUUUGCUAUAGGUCUUGCUGUGUAGUUGUGGUGGCAAAUAGAAUAUUAAGUCUUUUCUUUUUAUGGUCUAGCCCAUUCCUUGGCAAAUUUCAGAGCAAUGCCAUCCUCUCAGAUUCCUAUGGUGAAUGCCAAUUCCAGAUAUCCUUUCUGCCAUGAUAGGAACGUCUGCUGAGGUCAGCGUGAACCUCUGUAAAGUGUUAGGGAAACAUAUCUGAGACACAAUCUGCUGCCCUCAUAUGAGAAGGAAUUUCUUCUGAUUUAUCCUUCAUUUACAAGAACACUGCCAAAAGCAUAGGCUCCAGAAGUGCUUCUCAGAUGAAUCCAUCAGGAAAGAGAGAGUUUGACAGCAGAGCAGCUUGGGAGCAUGUGCUAUGUUUUAAGAAAUUCUAAGUGUAUGAAGGCCAGCAUAUCUGGCUUCAGCCACUCCCCUUCCUUUUUAUUGUAUGCUGACUGACUGCUGAAUAGCAGUUGAAAAUUCAAGUAGGCAGAGGAGAAGCUGAAGCGUGCUCUCCUUGCAGGGCCAGCGGCAUUCCUGUGCCACGAUCACAAUGCCAGAUCCUAUGUGUGCCUGUGAGUGCUAGGCACUGUGGGUUGAACAGUGCUGGUGGCCGGUGCAGCACCAAAAAAGACAAAGACAGCUUUCAGGCAAAGCCCAAGGCUGGGAGGCCUAAACACAGACAUUUUGGGGUUCAGUUUUUUAUAUUCUUGGAUCAACUUAAGGCAUUAGCAGGCUGCAGCUCCCCUUUGCUGGUUCCAGAUGCUAAUAUUGUUUCCAGCAAUAUGUGAUAAUUUGAUGUUUGCUGCAACAGAGGUGAUGGUACCCACUAUAAAUAUGCUGAGGCCUUGUACAAGUCAAAGGUCACUGAUCGUUUCUCUCCUUUUCCUUCCAAGUGCAUCAGGAGCUACAAGGGUGAAACCAGCAAUUUCCUGGGGCCUGUUGGUGUCAGAAGUGCAAAAGUUAAGCCCAGAUUCUGUUCCUCUGUCAACUCCAUGUGCACAUGGCACUGAAGGAGGGGGGAGCAGUCAGAUUAGCUGACCUGCGAUGGGGAGCUUGGGCAGGCCUAACAGCCUUUCUUUCUGCACCGUUUCUGAGGCUGUUUGUGGAAACUGAGGACUUUCUGAUUAAAGAAACCAUUUGGGUCCCUUUUGUGUGUGUGUGUGUGUGUGUGUGUGUGUGUGUGUGUGACACAGACAGGAAGAAACAGACACAGCAUUAGAACAAAGAGCCUUAAAAUUAAGGUUACAAAUGGGCAAAAAUAAUAUCAUUUUCAUCACACUUACCUCUAUAUAUAUCCUCUUAAGAGCAUGAGAAGCAUGAGUGAGCAAAUGUCUAAUGUGUAGAGGGCUUUACUCAGAUGUUCUACAGAUUUCCUACACUGCUCCUUUCAAACCUUUGGAGAACAAUAUUAUAGGAAAAUGGAGAAAAGCAUCCAGGGCAAUUAGAUUUCUAGAGAAGAAAGAGUGAGACUAGCUAAGUGAUGCAUAAAGAUUUUAUAAGGCAUCCAUUGUCAAACAAAAGGUUGAGAGUAAUCGGAGGAUAAUGCACAGUUAAGAUGGCAAACUUAUCAAUAGUUAAUCACAACCUGCCCACUUUUGUCACUAAAUGCAAGCAGCUGUGAACAGUGGCUCUGGGGGACUGGUGGCACUUGUGCACUCAGUUGUGUCUGUAACUGAGUGAGAGUGUUACACAAUCAUCACGUUCAGCUCAAGACUUUGACACGAAGUUGGCCUACCCAUCCCCCCGCCACCUCCUGUGCUGAUGGGGCAGAAUGCAUGUGUGUGUCCCCCAUCACCGCUGUGAAAUGGUAUGGUAGCCAUGCAAAUUGUGAUUCUAGGGAUGUUCUUCUUGGUCUACCUGAUGACCUAUGGAGUAAGUAGGGUCACUUAAGCUGUACAAACUGAGGCUGAUUUCUUCAUUAUUUUUCAACCAUACUUUUACACUGAAUUAUUUCUAAUUUUUUUUAACAAACCUUUGUACAAUCUUCUUCGGUCAUUAUCUUAAUUUUUCCAUUUUCUUCACCUGUCCCCACCCCUUCUUCUCUCAUUCCAAGAGAGAGUGUCUCAUUAAAAUUCUCUCAGAAAAGCAACACAUCCUCCUGAUGUUCUCCAUUUCGGAAAGUUUUAUGCAUUCCAUCUGUGAAAAUGGUCACCGUUUGUAAAGUGACAAGAUGAAUAAAAUGGCCACUGUUUUGUGUGUGUGUCUCAUUUAGCUAUUUAUAAAUAUGAAAUUCAGCAUGCUGCUUUUUCUUGUGCAAACUUUGGUUCCUAUGUCAUAUGGAGUUCCUUUCCCAUAACGUGGCUGUUUCUUAAUGGGCAGCAUUUGUGUUCUCAGUUCAUGCCUCCUGCCUUUCCUCCAGUCUAAUUAAAAAGUAAUCUGUGUUCCAGUGCAAUGUAUGUGUGGCAGGUGUGCAAAUAAGCUGAUCAGAACCCUGAAUACAUCCAAAAUUUACCCUGGCUGAAGCUCCACAUGCUUUUACUUACCACAAGCAGGUCACAGCAACUCGUUUGUACCUAUGAAUAUCAUUGUAGGGGGCUUACACCUGUGGCCAAACAGGUUUGGAGUGUCUUUGUUUUACUGAAGGCUCUUGUUCACUGGCACAGUUGUUUUAAUGUAUUUGACUGAGAAGGUCACAUGGGACGAGCAACAUGGAAAUUUCCUAUGUAGCCAUCUGCUGUUUUUCAGUUCUUCUAAACUGGGAAGACGGGAACCUAACUGGGGGUUCAUGCAGAGAUGUAAGCUGAGAUAAACUGGAUUUGAGUCUUCAUGUAUUCGGGAGUUUGUAAGGGCCUGGCGGUGGGUUCAGUCACAGAGGCAAAAAGCCUGGAAACCCCUUUCUCAGUGGGCAUGGGAGGGGUCUCAAGCCCAGCUGCAACCCCCCUGUGCUGCUCAGCAACACACUGGCCACAGUCAGGGGGCUGCUCCGUGGAGAUCGGCAAGCUCGCUGCUGGCUCGCAAAGCUAGGCUUGUUCCAGUGGACUUUGUCAAGAUGUGUUCCUGGGGUAUCCCCCCCAGGCACGGGAAGGUGUGGAGCCGGGGCCUGACGGACAUUUUUACAAAGUUCCUUCUCCAUUCGGAAUAGAUGAGGCUUUUUAUUUUCACUAUUUUUUCUCAAUGUGAGCAAAACGUGAAUGCUCUUCUGUCCUGCCUGCAGAACCAAAGCAUGCACUAUGGAAUAUAGCUGUACAAGGGGAUAUGAAAAACUGCAUCAUGUUGAUCUAAUAAUUGUGACAUUGGUAGCUUCAUAAAUACUGUAUGUACUCUAAACAAGGUUUUUCCAUUAGUAGUCUGAGGGAAUUAAAAGUCCUGUUUUUAUUUUGACAUUUCUUUUCUUGUAUUUUCUGUACUGUAACUGUCCUACAGUAUGUCUUUUGCAUAAAAUGCAUAAGGUUUUGGGGAUAUAAAUGGAGUUUUACUCAUACUUUGUCCAAAUACCUCUUGUAAUUUGUAUCAAAAUUCUUGUACAAUUUUUAUAUUAAAGAUUUAUCAGUCACUGA